GUCAAUAAAACAGUGCAAAUGGGGGUGUCACCUUCCCACGUUUAAAAGACACAAGAUAUGGGGCAUUUCACUAUAUUAUGACUUAGUGAGAUUUCUGACCUUAUUGGCCAUAUUGCAAAAGUCGAGUUUAGUUAAGUCAUUUUCACGAUGUACCUGCUUAAACCCACGUUUUUGUAACAUACGUUACUGACGCUUUUCUAAUUUUUUGUCUUCAACAUAUAUAAAACGAGUUAUAAAGGCUGAAAACCCUGGUAAUUUGUUUAUUAUAUUGAAGGGUGAUGUAUAUCCAACUUUUUAUGCUAAUUUGUAUUUCCAUCGAAGCAUAUUACGUUUUGCUUUUAUUUGGUAGAAAAAUGUCGCCAAUUUUUAAAUUUUCAAUACCCUAUAUUUAAAACAUAGUAGUAAAUUGCCUUGCGAUACAUUUAUAAGCAGCUACAUUUAUUUAUGAUGAAUAGGAAAUGUUAUCAUAUAUAGGAAUAAUCAAAACUUUCACUCCAAUAAAGGUUAUCUGAAAACAAAAAGGAUUUUCACCCUGAAAUUGUUUGGUCAUUUAAGGAUGUAACAUACGUUACCUAUCAUAUAAUUUGAGUGCUUACAGUAUACGAUGGCUUCUUUCAUAAUUUCAAUAUUUGCUGAUGAAUGAAGAAAAUAAAUCAACAAGUCAGAAAAAGUGUCUCAGAUCUUGGCAUAAUUUGAUAGUCAAAGCUGAUUUGUAACAUACGUGAUGUAACAUGCGUUACCUACAUUUUCAAAUUAUUCCUUGUAAAACCCUUUCCCCCUUAUCUGUGAUCACAUGAUUAGUCACAUGAGUUGAAGACGCCAUGCUGUUUCUCAGCCACUAAAUACAACAUGCCUUCGUAGAAGGAAAACCUAGAAAUACUCUUCCAUAUUCUAAGGGCAUUCAGUGAAAGUAACAUACGUUACUUUUGGUAACGUAUGUUACUCUAGUUAUAGCUAGAUUUCUUAGUAUAUAUUGAACAAUAAAAAGAUAAGAAACCUUGAUUUUCUGUAGUAUCUUAGAUUGGGAGUCAGUUCAUCAAUUAAACUCAGGCCAUUAGUAGGAAAAAUUAUAAGAACUAAGUAAGGAAAAAGCAUGGGGAAAAUUUUAUGCAAUAAAGAAUAAUGUUAAUUGAACAAUAUUUCUUUCGGUAUUAUUUUUUCUUCCUGAAAUAUUGGAUAUUUGGUUAGAAAAGGAUCGAUUGCAUAUACUUAACAUGAAAAUGAAUAAAAACAAGCUAAAAGUAAGAUAUGGCUUAGUGUUAUUGUACAACAUGCAUUCCACGUUGGUCUGGUAACGUAUGUUACAAAUCUCUUCUUCUAUCAUUUUAGGUCAAGAUGCCGCUUUCAAGAGCAGAAAUACAAAAGAAUUAUAGGGAGAGGAAGAAAAGAAAUGAGAGGGAAACAUACCUUGCUAAAGAGAGAGCACGACAAAAAAGAAAUUAUGUCCCAGUAGGAACUUUAACAGAAAGAAAGAGGUCAAAAAGAAGAGAUGAAGUAAAGGAGCGGGUAAGAAAGUGCAGACAGAAGAAAAAAGUUGAAAAUGCUGCAAUCGACAUUCCAAACCCUGUAGAAUCCACAAAUGAUACCAGUGGUUAUGAAACAAUGCAAAGUGACCAUAGUACUAGACUCAUAGUAAGGUUACCGAAUCGUAGAAACGGACCCAGAAAGAGGCUAAGCAAAGCAUUGAGAAAGAGCAGAGACAAGUUAAAAUCUUUGAAAAAGGAAAAUGAAGGUCUAAAAAAGAAAGUAAAAUGCGUUCAAAGGAAGAUGCAGAGAUGGAAAACAAAGAUGAAUAGACCAGCAUGCCCAAACACACCUAGAAGUAAUACGAAGAGACUCUUUCUAAAAUCAAAGGGUUCUGGGGGCGAAAGAGUUAGAAAACAACUACUGCUUACAAACGUCAUCACGGCUGAGGUUUCAAAAUUCAAGCAUGUAACAACAAGCAAUGCAAAGAAGAGGCAAUUGUAUGGUAGUUUUGCUGGAAAACUGUUAAAAAAGUACAGAUGUAUUUCACAUUUUAGCAAGUCAUCAAAAAUAAACAGAAACCUGAUAUCAAAUAUAAUUCGUAAAGGUAUCAACACAGCAAAGAUUAGAAAACGAACAGCAUACAAUUUCAGAAGAGAGGUUACAGCAUUUUACAUCCGCGACGACAACAGUAGAAUGCAGCCUGGAAAAAAGGACUCUAUCAAAACGAAGGAAGGGGAGUGCCAAACAAGAAUCCUUACAGACUACAUCGAAAAUCUAUACAUGAAGUUUACAGCGGAGAAUCCAAAUAUUAACAUUUCCCUUUCAACUUUUCGCAGAAUGAGGCCAAAUUAUGUUUUGACCACUACAUUUAUAAGUCGAAACACCUGCUUGUGCACGAAGCAUCAGAAUUUUGCGUUCAAGUUAAAGAUGUUUAAGAUGCUUGGAGUUUCCCCUACAACCAGUCCAGAUGACUUUGUAAAGCAGGAAGUCACCAUUUCCAAGGAAACCCUUCCAGAGAAAAUUAGUUUCUCUAUUUGGAAACGAGUAGAAUGCCAGGGAGGAAAAAUGAAAAUGAAAAUAUUAAAGGAAGAGAUGGAGAGAGAGAAAUUUUGGCCAAUAUGGGAAUCUGAACUUUUAGAAUUUAAAGACCAUGUAUCAAGGGUAAGUCGCCAGUUUGAAAUGAGCAAAGUUUUAAAGCAAAACCUGCCAAACAACGAAGUUUUUAUCCAUAUGGAUUUUGCCCAGAAUUACUCGUGUAAAACAGCUGAGGAAAUUCAGUCGGCAUACUGGAACUCAUCACAGGUUACGCUGCAUCCUAUCGUGAUCUACUUCAGGGGAAGUGAUGGUAGUUUGGAGCAUCGUAGCUAUGUUGCUGUGUCUAAUACUCUUGUACAUGCAUCUUCAACUGUCAUCGCAAUACUUGACAAGUUAUACUCGAUGGAAUUAAUGGAAUUACAAAACGUACAGCAUAUCCACUAUUGGACAGAUAGCCCAACCAGUCAAUAUCGAAACAGAUAUAUUUUCGAUUUUAUUUUGAGACACACAGAGAGAUAUGGGAUGCCUGCAACUUGGAAUUAUUUCGAGAGUGGGCACGGUAAAGGUCCAUGUGAUGGUGUUGGUGGGACAGUCAAAAGACUCGCAGACCAAGCAGUUAAUGCCCAGAAAGCCAACAUUCAAGAUGCUGAGGAUUUCUAUGUAUGGGCACAGAAUUCAAAUCUCCGUAGUAUCAAGUUUUUCUUUGUUCAGAAAGAUGCAUGUGAUAGGGAAGCAGAAGACCUGAAGAAAUGUACUUUGCUACCUGUCAAAGGUACAAUGUCACUGCAUGCUUGUAAAAAAAUUGAUGACGACCUUCAUAUCUCAAAAACCUCAUGUUAUUGUGACAUCUGCUUGAAUGGAGGCAAUUGUACAAACUGGACGAAGGCAAACAUUUCCCGAAGGUCUAGACCAGAGGCGUCUCAGAAGUCCUCAACAGAGGAUCAAAUUCCCCAAGAAGAACAUUUGCAAAAUGUCACAUCUGGAGAAACAGAGGCACAAAGAGAGACAUCUGUUGACCCUCAAAAUGUCUCAAGGGAGGAAAGUCCCAUUGGAUCUGAAUUUCAUAAUGAUGAAUAUGUUGCAGCAAUAUAUUCUGGAGAGUGGUACAUUGGGAAAGUAUUGCAGAAUGACAGAGAAGAAAACGAGUUGGAAAUUUCCUUCAUGGAAAAAACGAAAGAUAACUACAAAUGGCCUACUAGUCCUGAUAUUAUUUGGGUGCCGUAUGAAAACAUUCUAUGCAAAGUUAGUGACCCAGAACCUUCCGGGAAAACAAAAAGAAUGUUUAAAUUCAGUAAGCAGGAUGUGAGAUUGGUUGAGAGUAAAUUCAGGCAUAAUUGAGCAUCAUAUUUCAUCAUGUGUAACAUACGUAACUUUGAUUUUGAAGGGAGUAAGGAACAGGUUUUAUGAUGUUUUUAUUAUGGUUAUGUUUCAUGUUUCCUCCAUAAGCAAUGAAGUGUUUAAUUGUAAUUUGUCAUGUUUUCCCGUGACAUCAUUUUCAUGUUGGCAAUUUAAGGCAGAAAAGAUCCGGAUUGCUGAAUUAAGUAACAUACGUUACAGACUUUCUUAGAUUAUAUUUGAGACAUUUCAUAUGCAUCACCAUCACUAUGUUAGUUUAAAAGGUUCUGAGUAACUGAGGUUUGUUUGUUAACAAUGUGAAAUUACUCUUGUUUAUUCUUUUCUUCCACAGUGAUUAUAAUAAAAAGGAUAACUCAACAUAAAUGGUGUACUUAUGUUCAAAAUGUAAAAAUAAGACCACCAGGAAUUGUUAGAAAAUGUAAUUUGACAUAUAAAAUGGUGUAUUUUGAUCUUAAUAUGAACAAUAAGUGUAAAGCAAAUCAAUGACUUGAUAGACUGAAUUACUUAAACCAUUCUGUAAUAUUGAGGCAUUAUUACUUAAUGUAUGAAACAUACGUUACCUUUCCUAUCUUUUAAUUAUUUCGUCCAAAAAUGAAGGAGAAAAUGUA